AUGACGCUGCUGAGAUCCUGGAAAAUUCAUGGAAGUGCACGACCGAUGGGUCAAGAUUCCCUGUUACUAAUGAUCCGUAAUAUCCCUACUGGAGCUUGUGAUACGAUGCGAUUGGACUGGGAGCCAGACCCUCCGCAGGUCUGUCUUCAAAAGUAUAUUCGAGAGCAACAAGCGCUCUUUGGUUUUCGCGGCCAGGAAUCUUAUAUUCUAGCGGACACCAAUCCUUCAAAAUACGCUUCAUAUCGGUUGCACGGCUUGAGCGAGAGCUUGGCACGGUACCCUUUCAUUCGCACAAAGAUGUGGAGUCCCAAUUGCGGUCCGGACUGUUAUGGGUAUGGAGAGCAUACUUUUACCAUUGCAAGCAUGGAUUAUUUCAUUGAAACUGUAGUUGCAGAAGUCAAUGGAGACUAG